AUGUUUAAUGUUCAUCCUAAAUUCCUUGAAUGUUUGGCUGUCGGUUGUUUAUAUAUAGCAGCAAAAUGUAAAGAAGAAGAUGAUACAAUUCUUAUAAAACCUGAAUUUGUUAUUGAUUGUAAUACAAGUUGUUCAGCAAAUGAACUUCUUCGUAUGGAACGUUUCAUAUUGGAAAAAUUUGGAUGGUUUGUUGAUUUUGUUACAUCAUACUUUGCACUUUUACUGCAUAAAUUUGGUAGUAGACAACAUGAAGGAAAUGAAAAUGAAAGAGCUUUAGUUGAAAAAUAUGUUGAUUUAGAAUUAAAAUUAGCAUUAUAUUUACAACAUCAUCGUUUAGCUUCAUUUAAACCACGAAUUCUUGCAUUGGCUAUAUAA